GAAGAAGAAGCCGGCAGUUCACACGCGCGACUCCAGUACCGAACUUUGAAAUUCAGUUCAAAACGCUCCAAAGUCUUCUUCUCACCAUGUCAAUUCGUUCUUUCUUCCUCCUCUCUCUUUUCCUGUUUUUUCAUCUUGAGGUUUACUUUCUUCUCAGGCCUUCAUUUCCAACGGCAACGGGAAAAGGAAAAUGAUACUCAAAACUCAAAUAAUAGCUGGCCCUCACGUCUCCCAAAACCCUACUCGAAGGCCAUUUUCUCUUGUUCCUCGCCUUCGCAUCUCCCAUUUUCGUCCGGGUUUGCUACUCACUUCCACUCCGAAAACUCCUCGCUUGCGGAUAAUCAUCUCUUGCAUUAGCCCAACCCGAGAACUAUUCGACGAUGAACCCCAAGUAUCUGGCGAAGAUGUUGGCGAUAACGUUUCGUUUGCAGAAACUAUGCUGGAGGUUGGAGGACACGAAUCGAGGAGUCAAGAGAGACAGAGUAUGUGGAUACAAAUUAAGGAGAUUGUGAAGUUCACGGGGCCAGCCACGGCGCUCUGGAUUUGCGGGCCGUUGAUGAGUCUGAUUGACACCGCCGUUAUAGGUCCGGGAACAGUUAUAUGCGAUUAUAUGAGUUAUGUGUUCAUGUUCCUUUCGAUUGCUACUUCGAAUAUGGUUGCUACUUCACUUGCCAGAAAGGAUAAAACUGAAGUGCAGCAUCACAUAUCUAACUUGCUCUUUGUUGGGUUAACCUGUGGCUGCUUGAUGCUUUUGUUUACGAAGUUCUUUGGUUUGUGGGCACUAACUGCUUUUACAGGGCAAAACAAUGCACAUGUUGUACCUGCAGCAAACACCUAUGUUCAGAUUCGAGGCUUAGCUUGGCCUGCACUUCUCGUUGGAUGGGUUGCUCAGAGUGCAAGUCUUGGCAUGAAAGAUUCCUGGGGACCAUUGAAGGCUUUGGCGGUUGCCAGUGUUGUGAAUGCCGUUGGUGAUAUAUUCCUGUGCAGCUUCUUAGGCUAUGGUAUUGCUGGUGCAGCAUGGGCUACAAUGGCCUCACAGGUUAUUGCAGGUUUUAUGAUGAUUGAUGCUCUGAACAAGAAAGGAUACAAUGCAUUUUCCAUCUCUAUUCCGUCACCACAUGAGCUUCUGACUGUACUUGGGCUUGCUGCUCCUGUGUUUAUAACAAUGAUAUCUAAGGUGGCUUUCUAUUCACUCCUUACAUAUUUUGCUACAUCCAUGGGCACACACACCAUGGCUGCUCAUCAGGUCUUGGUUCAAACAUUCUGCAUGUGUACAGUAUGGGGUGAACCUCUAUCUCAGACCGCACAGUCAUUUAUGCCGGAGUUAAUAUAUGGAGCCCAUCGAAAUUUGAAAAAGGCUCGAAUGCUGCUAAAGUCACUUGUCAUCAUUGGAGCAACACUUGGAUUGCUGUUAGGGAUUGUUGGAACAUCUGUUCCUUGGUUGUUACCCAAAAUCUUUACGCAUGAUCAGAGUGUCAUACAGGAGAUGCACAAAGUUCUGAUUCCAUACUUUCUUGCAUUAGCUGUCACACCCCCAACUCACAGCCUUGAGGGAACAUUGCUGGCUGGACGGGAUCUUAAAUUUUUGAGCUUGUCGAUGAGCGGAUGCUUUUCUGCGGGUGCACUUCCCCUGCUGCUUAUAAGCAGUAGUGGAUAUGGUCUGCCUGGCUGCUGGUUCGGACUUGUGGGAUUUCAAUGGGCACGAUUUUUUCUCUCUCUUGGGCGCCUUCUUUCUCCAAAUGGCAUACUUUACUCUGAAGAUUCGAGUCAUAAUAAAUUGGAAAAACUGAGGGCUGCCUAGUUAACUACUCCAAAUGAACUUACUGAAAUCAAUUUUUCAAGAAUGAAAAUUUUAUGGUUCGAGCCUACAGAACUUAGGAAUUAUAGGGUAAAAAAAAUCAACAGUACAUUCUUUGCCUCAACGAGGGUAAAAGCGAGAGCAUUGUAUUGUCCCAGCCUGUGAUAUGUAUUUCACCACGGCCAGAGGUUGCUUGCCACUUGUUAUAUUGAUCGGAAUCUGAUAAGAAAAAAUUCAGUUCCAUUGAAUAAUAGUAUAAAUCCCUAGC